UCUCCAAACCCAACUUGCAUCAGCAGAAAUGAGCACCAAGAAAACUUUAGUUGGGUUUAGAGAUUUGGGGCAGCGCUCACUCCCUUCAUCAUUUUCGUCUCGCCAUAAAUCCCCUGUCGAUGUUGCGGAAGAUGGUUCAGACCAAAGGCUGAAGCACAGUUCUGGAACACCCAAGACAGUAAAGGUGAAGUCGCAGCCAUUCUCGUCAUUAUUAGGUCCAAAAGAUUCAACUGGGUUCACUAAUGAGCAAACUGAGGCCAAGAAAGGAGGGGAAGAACAAAAGAGCUCUGUAGCAUUGGCAUUUAAAAAAUUUAAGCAUGCUGACAUAGGAAAAGGUCUGUCUAUAGUUUCUCAAAGUGCUGGUGAAGUAGAGUGUUCUGAGCAAGAUGAUGUACAAGAAUCAAGAAAAAGGAGAAAUCCUUGUGAAGAUGGGGAUGUCCGGGAUGAUGAACACACUGCGAGAAAGUAUUAUUCAGUUUUGGGAGGUGAUCCAAAACCCAAGCUGAAAAGGAGAAGGGCUGAAAGUCUCAUAAGCCAGGUGAAACCAGGGCAUGUUUAUGAUCACUCAGAUGAAAAUGGUAGUGGCUGGUGGGACUGCAACAUGGAGGGUAUUGACAAUGAAGAAGUAGGAAUCAAUGAGGUGUGGGAAGGAGUGGGCUCAACCACAUUGGGAGGUAUAGAAUGGCAUUGAAACAUCAUUCAUAUUUUCUUCUUUACUACUAUAGUCUAUAAAUCACCUGUAUUAUCUCUUAAGAGUAAAAGAAGUGUGAAUCGCACUUGUAGCCAACCACACGUUCCUCUUGCUUUCUUUCACUACUUGUGUCAACACCGUAUUGGAAUUUGCGAGGUCCAUGUUGGAUGACGAUGACAAAGCAUGUGUAAUGGCACUAGACUUGUGGUAUUGUAC